AAUCUCAAUCUUUAGAUAGAGACAAAGUUCCAUUACUAUGCAGGUUAUUAGAUGAUGAAACAGGUAUGAGUCAAAGACUUGAAGCUCAGCUUCCUCAAAGCUCUGUCUCUUCUUCAAAUGAUAACCCAAUAGAAAAAAUAGAUAGAAAGCCCAUAUAUUCUACAGGUACACUAGCCUCUUUUAGAUAUGUAGUAGAAGAAG